AUGGAAAGCCAAAGCAUUGUAUCGAGCGUAUUAGCCUUGACGUAUGUGUUUUCACUGUGUUUGGCGAUAGAGUGGAUUUCUCACGCCAGGCUGAGCUCGGACAAUAAUGUCAAAGCUGGACUUUUACAAACUUUUAUGUACGGGGUCAGGGUCGGAUUGGCUUAUUUGGUCAUGCUUGAAGUUAUGUCUUUUAAUUCAUGCAUUUUGCUUGCUGCCAUUGCUGGAUAUUCUGUUGGGUUCUUGGUUUUUGGGAAUCAGAUGUUUAGAAGAUCAAAGAUUGUGCCUGAUCUUCCUCCUUUGAAUUGCUGA